UGGGUAUGACCGCCGGGAGAAGAGUCGGGAACCUCUUAGAGCCACUCUGGGAUGAACGUAUCGUGAGUAGCGCGGAGAAAUGGAUGGAGAAGGAGGGGGCUGGAUAUAUAAAUCAGCGAGAAGGCGCCAUAGGAAUGGAGAGGAGGAAAAGGGAGAAUGCUUUUGCUUUAAAUCUGGACAAACGUUAGCUGGUACAAAAGCCGCCUUGGAGCAACACGAGUUUGAGAUAUCUCUGUUGGCAGCAUCUAGACUCUUCGAGCCACGCGGGAUCCUUGUUAUCGAGACUGAUUCAUUGGAAUUUUCGGCCCAAAUUUGUUAAACGCACAUUUCUUUAUUCGAAUCGCGAGAUAAUCGAAACACACAGCAUCAUCCACCGGAGCCGGGUGUUCAAUGCCUGCGGCCGAACCCACACCUGCCGAAACGCCAUUCACGUCGCCCACAGUGACGACGCCAUCAUCGCCGACUCCCACAAUCACGUUCCUGGGCGAUCACAAUGCCAACUCCCCGUUGGGCAAUAAAGUUCGCCCUGACGAUGUUGAGGCACAGCAAGAGGACGAGAACCAGGGUUAUUCCCUGCCACCAGUCGACACAGGCAGAGAUGCAUGGCUUUUUUUGGCGGCCUGCUUCGUGAUGGAGGCCAUGGUAUGGGGUUUUCCUUUCGCAUUUGGCAUCUUCCAGGAGUACUACCGCACCCACGAGCCCUUUGCCGGCUCAUCCAAGACCGCCAUUAUAGGAACUUGCGCCAUGGGCAUCAUGUACCUCGACGCUCCCUUGGUCAUUGCUCUCGCGCGCAUCUAUCCCAAGCAGGGACGCUGGAACCCGACUGCCGGCCUGCUCAUGAUGUGCGCUGCUCUCGCGCUUUCGUCCUUUUCACAAAACACGACGCAUCUCAUCCUCACGCAGGGCGCUCUGUACGGCAUUGGCGGCUCCAUCGCCUACAACCCAUGCCUCAUGUAUGUCGAUGAGUGGUUUGACCGCCGCAAAGGACUUGCGUACGGUCUGAUGUGGUCAGGGACCGGGCUUGGGGGUUUCACCAUCCCGCUGGUGCUCGAGGCGCUGCUGAGCCGAUAUGGUUUCCGAACGACGCUGCGGAUAUGGUCGGUGGCUCUCUUCGCCCUGACAAUGCCACUAAUCUAUUUCGUCAAGCCUCGUCUGCCGCCGGCCAUGACGGCUCAUAUCAAGCCACUCGACUGGAGCUUCAUGAAAAACCGCGUCUUUGCCCUAUACCAGCUGGGCAACUUUGUCGAGGGCUUGGGCUUCUUCCUCCCAGGCAUCUUCCUGCCGACAUAUGCGCAGGAUGUGCUUGGCGCCAGCACUUUCGCCUCAGCGGCAACACUGCUGGUGCUCAAUGUCGGAUCAGUGGUGGGACCUAUCACAAUGGGCACCCUGGUCGACAGGCUGCAUGUAACGACAUGCAUCUUGAUAUCCACCUUGGGUGCUGUUUUCGGCGUCUUCUUGCUAUGGGGCCUUGGAUCCAACAUUGGCAUCCUGUACGUCUUCAGCCUUGUCUAUGGCGUCUUUGCUGGGUCUUUCACCACUUCAUGGCCAGGCAUCAUGAGACAUGUCAUCAAGAUUGCCACCGUCGAAAAUGCAGAGACGAUCAGCACCGAUGGUCGCCAUGGCAGUGUCAACACCAGCAGGUAUGAUCCUCUUAUGGUUAUUGCGUUUCUUUCCAUCGGUAGAGGCGUUGGGAACAUUGCGUCGGGCCCGCUGAGCGAGGCUCUGGUUAAAGGGAUGCCAUGGCAGGGCCAGGCUAUCGGGGGAUAUGGGAGCGGAUAUGGGAUUUUGAUUGUAGUCACGGGUGUGACGGCGUUACUGGGAUGCGUGAGUUUUGUUGCAAAAAGGUUUGGAUGGCUAGAAUAGAAGGGUUUGUACGGAAUAUCAUGGCUACGACUGAUGACUAAGAUAAAAGGUGUCUGUGAAUGUCAACAUUUUUAUU